AUGCCCUCUCUCUGCGACGUCUCUUUUCCUCCAUGCCCUCUCUCAUGCGACGUCUCUUUUCCUCCAUGCCCUCUCUCAUGCGACGUCUCUUUUCCUCCAUGCCCUCUCUCAUGCGACGUCUCUUUUCCUCCAUGCCCUCUCUCAUGCGACGUCUCUUUUCCUCCAUGCCCUCUCUCAUGCGACGUCUCUUUCUCUCCAUGCCCUUUCUCAUGCGACGUCUCUUUCUCUCCAUGCCCUCUCUCAUGCGACGUCUCUUUCUCUCCAUGCCCUCUCUCAUGCGACGUCUCUUUCUCUCCAUGCCCGCUCUCAUGCGACGUCUCUUUCUUUCCAUGCCCGCUCUCUUUGAAACAUCUAUUUCUUUCCAUGCCCUCUCUCUGCUACCAUUUCUAUAAUAUUUCAGUAAUGUUUUCUCCCUAUUUCUCCUCUCCUCUUUUUUUCCUCUCUCUUCCUUCUGACAUGCAUUUUUUAAUUCCUUUCUGUGUCAUUUUCUUUUUCUUUAUCCCAUUAGAUCCCCUUACUGUUCUCCUUUCUAUACCCUCUUUUCUCUAA